CCCCCACUGAGCACUAGCAGGUCACAUCACAUACACACCAGCAUGACAUGCACACAAGCCAGCCGCCACGCACCACCACCACACCACAACCCAACAAUGCAGGCCACGUCAUUCAGUCACACAACGCACACGGCAACACAAGCAAGAGUUAGGGGAAUGUUGGUCGGGGUAAAAAUGACAGCGUCUCUGUCGCCAUGUCGAGUUAGUCACCAUGCGAAUCUACUGGGUGCCGCCGCCGCUGCUGCCAGUGCUGGAGGGGGUGCUGGGCAUGUAGGUGUACCACCUGGCACGCUCCUCGGCCGACACGACCCGCAUACCGCCCACCCAGCCACCGCUGAUGCCGUUGCGAGUCGGCUCGUCCGCACCUGGACGCAGCUCAAUCGUAUACCUGACCAUCACACCCACACCACAUUUGCCACAGCCACACGUGUGUAUGUGCCUUCGUGUGUACCAUCUGGAGUUGGCAGGGAAGUGCUUGAAAGCGACGGUGACGACAGUGGUGGUGUUGGUCUUGACGGAGAGGACCUCGCCGAACCACCAGCCGAAGGGGCUGUCGCGACGCAUCUUCCACUGGAUCUCAACAGGGGUGCCCUUCUGCACGCACACACACAUCAACAUGGCCAACACACCACACCACAUGCAGUCAGUGACCACCACUAGUCCAUAGUGUCAAGGGCAGUGUGUUGACCUUGAGGUUGCGGAGCGUGUCUGCGAUGCCUGGUGGCCUGAAGUAAUCGUGCGGGGUUGGCCGGUGCCGCCGCACCUCGGGAGAAACCAACCGCUGAAAACAGAUAGAUCGACACAUACACCACCAACACGCACAUACAUAAGAUACAUCCUCCGUGUGUGUGGAUGGGUGGCACGAACCAGUCGUGACUCGUCGACGAACUCUGCGACGUUGUCGACCGACACGUACGACACUCUGUACUUGCGGCAGGGGGCCGACCACCGCACGCUGGCCGGCAUGCAUGACAUGGCAAAACCAGGCUUCCGCUCACUGCAGUGCACCACAUCAACACAUCAACACAUUCAUAGACAGAGAGAAGCGGAUGGAUGGAUGGAUGUACUCCUGUGUCGGAGGUAGGUAGGCUCUUCUCUUCUCUCGUGCUUCACUCACUCACCGUUCAAAGACCUCGACGUCAAAUGAGAUAUUGCCCUUGACCAUCUCGCGAGUGCGGCGCUUCCACGUCGGGCAAGCGCACGACCUGCACCGCACCAGCCACCGAACAACACAACACACCACACCACACCACACACUGCACUCACGCCCACAGUCUGUCUCUUGUUCCUCCCUUAUUCCCUGCUUACACGUGCCCUUCUGCCCGCCCCUGCUCCGCUGACACGGCCGCUGGCUGGUGUGCCCUCUCCCUCUCCCUCUCCCGUGUGAGCAGCAGUGGAUCGUUGGCCAUCUUGUCCUCCACCUCACCAUCCACACCCUCGCUGCUGUGCCUGACCUUCGUCGCGGCACACUGCUUGAGGGCAGGUGACGGUGACCCGCUGAUGGGGGAGAUGGCGUGUGAGGGAUCCGUCGGCUGCUGGGUGGCGGGGGUGGGCGAGGGGUUGGGGCUGGUGGUGGAUGGGGAGGAGGUGUCGGUGACGAGGCCCUGCUCGAAGGCCGAGUAAGCCAGCGGCCACAUCCGCUGGAAACUCUGCGUGAGGACGAAAACGCCCACAAUAAAUAAAGAGACUCUCGCGUGUGGGCGGGCCCACCGACCCACCCAGUACCCAAUGUGUUGUCGCACCUGUUGCCAGUAGAAGUCCUGGCUGUUGAUUUCGUUCCACAGGGUGCGACAGGUGAGCGAGAGGGCGUUGAAGGGAAUGCCCUUCUCGCCCGCCACACCCCCCAUCCACUCGCUUAUGUCGCGCACAAUCGGCAGACUGCGCUGCACCGCCCACACCAGGACGCAGGGCGGCUCCCGGCCAUACGAGUUCGCACACCCGCCGUAACGCUCCAGCAACGAAGGCAGAGAUGCGUGGCUCUGAUGCAGGCAGGAUGAACACAGAAAGAACACGAGACAGUCAUGAUCGUCUUUGUGUGUGUGUUGAGGCGCUCACUCACGCACUCACCCCUUCUAUAGCACAGUCGACGGGCGUGUAUCCUCGCUGGUUGCGCCUGUUGACGUAGGCGAGAUCAUGGCCCUGACGGCUGAGCAACGCCGCGGCCGCCUCAGUGCGGCCAUACGACGCCGCAAUGUGCAGAGGUCCGUUGCCCUCGCUGUCAGUCGCAUGAAUCUCGGUAUUGGUGUCAAUCUGAUUGACGCCCAAGCACACCACACACACACACACAGACAGAGAGAGAGAGAGAGAGAGAGAGAGAGAGGGAGAAUGAAGGCACGUGCAGGUAUCCAGCCCACGCACUGUCUGUGUUUGCUGACCAGGCAGGUGUAGAGGAGGUGGUUGCCCUCCCUGAGUGCGUCGUGCAGCGUGAGCUGAUGCUCGGGGCCUUCGCUGAACCUGAGCGACAGGCGGCUGAAGGUGGCGCAGAGGGCCUGCUCCAGGCUGACCCGCUCGCCGCCCUCCUCACUGCUGCUCGUGCCGCUAUCCCUGGUGGUGGUCGACUGGUCGCCGAAUACCACUGUCACGCCCUCGCUGCCCUCCAGGACACUCUCGACGGAGUGGCUGGGAAAGAAGAGCACACUCAGCAGCUGCGCCAACACCUCUUUGGCUGCAAAAGACACACAGCACAAACGCACACAACACCGACACAAAGAUAUGUGGCAGAUCCGCGAUAGAGACCCCCGUGUUUGUGCUUGCCAGUGGUGGGCGAGUGCCUGGGCAGUGCGCCUGACAGGUGCAGGCUACGGCCACUGCUGAGGCCCGGCUCGGCUGAGCUGUGGCAAGCCAGAGCCAUCCUCGGCUGCGGCAGAGUACAGAUCAGCCCUCUGUCUUCAAGAUCCGGUAUGCAAUUGGACGAGUAAACACGCACAACACACAGAAAGGUGCAAUUGGGGAAAGCUGCG